AUGGCUGGCGGAAAGGGCAAGUCGUCUGGCGGCAAGAGCUCGGGUGGUAAGACCUCGGGUGUCGAGGGUCCCAAGAAGCAGCAGAGCCACUCUGCUCGCGCUGGUCUUCAGUUUCCUUGCGGUCGUGUCAAGCGUUUCCUGAAGCAGAACACCCAGAACAAGAUGCGCGUUGGUGCCAAGGCUGCCGUCUAUGUUACUGCCGUGCUGGAAUAUCUGACUGCUGAAGUCCUCGAACUUGCGGGCAACGCCGCCAAGGACCUCAAGGUCAAGCGUAUUACUCCCCGCCAUCUCCAGCUCGCCAUCCGUGGUGAUGAGGAGCUCGAUACCCUGAUUCGCGCCACUAUCGCCUUUGGUGGUGUCCUCCCCCACAUCAACCGCGCCCUGCUGCUCAAGGUGGAGCAGAAGAAGAAGGCCAAGGCUCAGGAGGCUUAA